UCGUGGUCUGAGUUGGUGGUGCAGUGUUGGGCGCUAGAAAUUCUAUGUAAACAAACUCCAAAGACCGAGCAAUAACCUCGGAAUCUGAAGUGUCAGGUGUCGAUAAAUAUCACAGGAUCUUGUGUGAUUGUAAACCACGUCAUUUAUCAACUCCUGCAAAACUUCAAUUCAACUUCAAUUGUUGCGCUGCCACACUCGCUUCAGAAGACUUACUCCAACCGUGUCAUCACUCACAAGAUCUGAAUUUAAUAUGAACUUGAAUUCCGUAUUUCCAUGAAGAAUUUUCACUGAAAAUUUUGAAUGCUUUUAAUGCGGCAAAUUUUUCGGCGUCUGUCAGCUUCGAAGGAUGACGACUUCUCCUAUCUAGCCUUCCACACAUCUGGAAAUUUUAUUCUUUCAUGACAGACUCCAUUGAUCAUAGCGGGAAACCUUCAAUAGAAGCUUAAAUCAAGACUAAUGAAGAUGAAAACUUAAUGGUGAACUAACUUGCUUACUACAUCGUCGAAGAAGAUAUUUGACAGAAGUGUUCGUAAAAUACUGUUGUACAAUUAUUUUAUUUGUAGAUACCAAUCAAUUUCUCGUCACUUCCUCUCGUGACUUAAUGCUUAGCUUAAAAUUUUAUUAGGCCGUCACGACUAUUUUGGAGUUUUUCUCAAGAACACAUAUUCAGAACAUUGUUUUAAUUACCUUGAAGAACAUAUUUCUGGGUUUUGGUAUUGCUGGUCGCUUCUGGCGACACUACACAUUCAAUCAUCAUGGAUCUUUACAUCGCAUUUUGGGAUAAAAACUUUUGGCUUCCUACAGGUUAUUCAUGGGACGACCUUGACCCUCAGAAAACCAACAAACCUUUUCCAAACUCUGGAGAUCUGUGGGUAUAUCCUUUUAUUUUCGCUGGAUUUUGCGUGUUUCUAAAAUAUUGUAUUUUGAUUCCGUUUGUCUUCGUACCCUUAGGGAAGAGACUUAAAAUUCGUUCUCAGCCUUACAGACAUCCUCCUCACAACUCAAUCCUAGACCAAGUCUACAAGAAGUUCAGGUCUAGGGCUCCUCAUCCUGUCAUCGAAGAGCACGCCAAAAAGCUAGGCUGGACCAAUCGCCAAGUAGACCGUUGGCUGCGCCAGAAAACCGUAUCCCAACAGGCAACUACCAUGGAAAAGUACAUCGACUGUGCCUGGCAGCUCGUAUACUACGUAGGCUUUUGCAUUACUGGCAUCGUGGUACUACACGAUAAACCGUGGCUCUAUGAUGUCAGACAUUGUUGGUACAGUUUUCCGAUGCAGUUUCCACAAUCGGAACUGUGGUGGUAUUACAUGGUCGCCUUAGGCUUCUAUUGGUGUCAGACAGCAACGCACUUCAUGCAACCUCGCAGACACGACUCUGCGCAUAUGCUUUGUCAUCACAUCGUUACAAUUCUGCUAACAUCUUUGUCUUGGGUUUGUAAUUUCGUGAGGAUAGGCUCGCUAAUUCUCUUUUUGCACGAGUGCGCUGAUAUUCCAUUGCUGAUUGCAAAAAUCUGCGGCUAUUGCAAGAGACCUUCUCUCAUGGACAAGUGGUUUGUCGUAUUUGUCAUCUUAUGGAUCGUCACAAGGUUAGGUAUUUUCCCACUACGUCUCAUACGCAGCACGUUAUUUGAAGCUCACGUGCAAGAAGACAAGUUUUAUCCCGUCUACUAUUUGUUCAACGGCUUGAUAUUGUCGAUAUUUUUUAUGCAUCUCAUUUGGACGUACAACAUCCUGCAGGUUAUAGCUAGAAAGUUUUCAUCCGACCACAUUUCGGACGUGAGGUCAUCAGCUAGCGAGAUAUCCAGCGAUGAUGUUGCUUAUCCUGCGACCAAGAAAAAAGAGUGACGCGACUCUAGCUUGUCUCAAGUUUUAUUAUGUGCCUGUUUAACAAAUUUUUAUGUUUUUUGCCUACACUGCUGCUAGUUACUCAUUUAAAGUGCCUAUGGAUGUUUAUAUUUAGAAUGUCAAAUUUUUCGCGUUUUAGUUGCUUUUCUUAUGCCUCAUAUCCAUUUUUAAGAUGCAAGUGUUUUCCUAGUGAAGAAUCUAUGAUGGCGACUUUCAAUAUCUUAGGGAUUUUGAAUAAGGAAAUAUUAAGGUGGACUCAAAUCACUCAAUGUUAGAAUAAUUAAUUUCACUCAUGCUGGCCACAUCACAAUUGAUAAAUUUUUCUUAUUGAACUCAUUCUUGGUGCUUCUAAUAAGCCAGAUUUCAAGAGCGAUUUGAAGUAUCACAAGAUUAAUAUAUUCUUAUUGUGUAACCAAGAUGAUGCAGACCCGCAAAAUAGUGUUAUAAUAGUGGUGGAAAGUUCGAAAAUCUGGUACCAGGAUAUUCGUUUUGAUAACAGAUUAGUUGUUGAGAUUUUAUAACCCUAAAAGAACUGCUACGGUCACUAUCGUUGGAAAGUCAGGAAAUUUUGUAAUAGUGUAUCAUGUUGACCUAUAAGAUAUACGUUAAAUCAACACAGAGGGAAAGUUUAGAAGUCUUCGUAACACGUUGCAGCUGCUGUAUGAAACGGUCGAAUUCCGUCCACUGUCGACGUAAUCCCGUUGCUCUUUUCACAUUAGUACUGUAUUGAUUGUUUCAUUCAUUAUUACAUAAUUGUAUUAAAAUGAAUGAAUACAAUUACUCGACAGGAUUGUCGAACUGUAGCAUGUAUGUAUGUAGUCUAUUUAAUUCACCUCUAAUUUUUAUCAUUUAAGUGAACACUCAAAUACUUUUAACUUAGUAGGCCUAUAACGUUCUGCCUUACGUGAUCCCAAAGCGAUUCCUGUACUCGACAUUCCACAGCAACCAUGAUAAACAUACUACCCGGAUGAUAUAAAUGAUAUACGUUCAUUGAUUAUUCUUGAUUUUUAUUGCUUUUAAGCGGUAUUAAAUUUACACCUGAUGCUGGCCAGGAAUUUCAACCCUGAGAUUCUUUUAGAUCCUCGUGUAGCUUUUAUUGUCACUUGAAAUUUGUUUAUUGCAAAAAUUUUUUUGAAUCUAUCAUUUUCCCAUAAUAUUAGGUAGAUUGUGCCUGCUUUUAUCACUUUGAUUAUUGAGGUAAACCACUGCAAUUUAAAUUGGUCUGAUGUCAACCAUGGAGUAGUUGACCACCAUUGAGGCUCGUAUAGGUAUUCUUUGCACCAUUUUCUUCGUUCACUGCUACCAUUAAAAGUGAUUUCGAUGUUCACUAUAUAUUACGGUUGUUGAAUUUGGUACACUCUUCGAUCCCUGAUGGUCGACACAACAUGUGCGUUAUUUUAAAAAUAAGGUUGCCUUCUAAAAUUUUCACGUAAAUUGUAACCAUUGUAUUUAAUUCAGAAAAAACGCAAUAUUUUGAGACCUCGUAAUAUUGGUCAAUUUAAAAUAACAAUUCAAUGCAGCUGCGCUCUAAAAGCCAUUUUUAUAACAAAUAAUUUUUAACGUUUAUUGAUUUAGCUGUUGAUAAAUCGAAUGACGAAUUUUAACGCACAACGGAAUAUACAUCAUAUUUAACGUAAAGCGCAACGAAUUCGAAUUAAUAUUUUGUAUAUUUUGGUUUACCGUAAUUUCAACCAAACUUUGUUUUCACGCUACAGAAUAGACAAUUUGUUCCGUUAAAAGUUGAAGUUUUAGCUUAUAUGAGUCGUUAGCUAAUGUUUCAGUUCAGUGUAAAGGAUAUGUUACUGAAAUGGUUGUGCUAGGUUAGUGGUUUAUUGGUUUCAUUUGAACUUGACACCUUUCGGUUUUGCAUUAAUAAUAAUUGUGGAAAAUUUCGAGCUUUCAUAUAAAAACAAUAAUAAUUUUAUUUCUAUGCAGAUAUAAUGUUUUUUUAUUUCUAUGCAAUUUCAAGGUUUUGAGAUCAUUUAAGAACUAUGACAAUGUAUGGAUCUACUGUUGGUAUUUUAGAAAGAAGCCUGCAAACCCGGUAGUUUUAAUUCAUCAACUGAGCUCGUCGCAACGCUUUAUUUAUAUUUUUUUAAUGGUGCCUUAUUUCACUUUUACCGGUUGUUUUUGAAAAUUUUGUGUACUGCAGAACGCUUAAUAAAUAUUGUGUCACAAUA